AUGGAGGGAGAAAGAGGGGUAGAGGGAGAUAGAUGGAAGAGAGUGCAAUUCCAAUAUUUGGUUGGAUGGAUAAGAGGAGAGAAAGAAGAGAUGGAAGGAGAGUCUUUUAUUUUUGUGGCUUGUGUUCUUUUGCUCAUUAGCUUGACCCUUUCGGCACAAGCUGCUGAUGAGAAAGGACUAGGAGCUUCAUUUAUUUUUGGAGAUUCUCUAGUUGAUGCCGGAAAUAAUAACUAUUUGCCAACUUUGUCCAAGGCAAAUAUACCUCCUAAUGGGAUUGAUUUCAAAGCCUCUAGAGGAAAUCCCACUGGACGAUAUACAAAUGGAAGAACCAUUGGUGACAUAGUUGGAGAAGAAUUGGGGCAAACACACUAUGCUGUCCCAUUUCUGGCACCAAACUCAACAGGAAAAGCAAUAUUGUAUGGAGUGAAUUAUGCAUCAGGUGGUGGAGGGAUAUUGAAUGCCACAGGAAGAAUUUUUGUUAAUAGGCUAGGAAUGGAUAUUCAGAUUGAUUAUUUCAACAUUACAAGGAAACAGUUUGAUAAACUAUUGGGUCCAUCAAAGGCUAAAGAGUACAUCAUGAAGAAAUCCAUUUUCUCUGUCACGGUUGGAUCAAAUGAUUUCUUGAACAAUUAUUUACUCCCAGUCCUCUCAAUUGGAGCAAGAAUUUCACAGAGCCCAGAUGCUUUUGUUGACGAUAUGAUCAAACACUUGAGAGAACAACUUACUAGACUUUACCAACUGGAUGCUCGGAAGUUUGUGAUCAGUAACGUUGGGCCAAUAGGUUGCAUACCUUACCAAAAGACCAUAAAUCAAAUAACUAAAGAUCAGUGUGUGGACUUGCCUAAUAAGUUGGCCGUUCAGUACAAUGGGAGGCUAAAAGAUUUGCUUGCUGAACUGAAUGAUAACCUCCCAGGAUCUACAUUUCUUUAUGCAAAUGUGUAUGAUCUAGUUUCGGAUCUCAUCACAAACUAUGAAAAAUAUGGUUUUUCAACAGCUAGUAAAGCUUGCUGCGGAAAUGGCGGCCAAUUCGCGGGGAUAAUUCCAUGCGGACCGACUUCGAGUAUGUGUUCGGAACGAUCCUCGCAUGUUUUCUGGGAUCCCUACCAUCCCAGCGAGGCUGCUAACCUUGUACUUGGCAAGAAGUUAAUUGAUGGCGACCAAAGAUACAUUUCUCCAAUGAACCUCAGACAACUUCGUGAUCUCUAG